UCGGCAUUCUGUUGCCCACGCCUGCCGGUUGCUAGGAGUUGUUGACGCUGCAGGCAAGCAGAGGCCUUACAGCAGGCCUCUGCUGGCCAGGGGAGCGGGGGCUGGCGGGCUCGUCUCUUUCUAGGUGAUUAGUGCCUGGCCGGAGCCGAACCCGUCAGGAGCAAUGGAGCCUGGGAAGAGACGAACCAAAGAUGAUACUUGGAAAGCAGACGAUCUCAGGAGACAACUUUGGGCUGUGCAGUCUGGUGGUGCUAAGGAAGAGAAGAAGCACAGAGAAAAGCAGCUGCGCAAGGAGUCAGAAGCGGACAUUACUGACCACAAGGAGCACAGGGAUCCUGACCGAGAUAUACAGAGGCACAGGGACAGGGCCCCUGACAGAGAGGCCCGCAGCUCCAAGGAGAACCCCCGCAGGGAGGGGGACCGGGAAAGAUAUGGGGAGAGGAGGAAGGACUCAAGAGAUUGGGAGAAAGAGAGGCCACGAGAGAAACAUCGAGAACAAGAUGCAGAGAAGUCUCGUAGCAAAGCCAAGGACAGAGAAAAGGAAAAGGAGAGGAGGCUGAGGCGAGAGGAGCUCCGGCAAGCUACCGCCCACCGUGACCUCCUGGAGUGGGAGGCAUGGCCUGACAGAGGGGAGAAGAAGGUGCGCUCAGUAAGUAAAGUAAGAAUUGAAGAGAAAGAAAGGAGAGAUGAAGACCCUGAAAGAGGAGAUGAAGACAGAGAAAGAAGAUACCGCGAGAGAAAGCUGCAGUAUGGCGACAGCAAAGAGAACCCUCUCAAGUACUGGCUCUAUAAAGAAGGGGAGAGAAGACACAGGAAGAAACAUCGAGAAAAAAACAGCACCAGGGAAAAAAGAGAAAAGUAUUCCAAAGAGAAGAAUAGCUUGUUCUCUGAUAAAGAAGGGGAAGAAAGACAUCGAGAGAUACGACAUAAAGAAGGCUUUCAUGUCGAUGAGAGGCACCGAAGCAGUGCAGAGAGAAAAGAGAGGUCAUCGAAGGAAGAAUACAGGAAAAGGGAGCCCGAGAGUGGUGAACACAGAAACCAAGGUGCACACUUGAGAAGAGAUGGUACUGGCAGCCAGCAUGCAGAGAACUUAGUACGAAGUAAUGGGAAAGGUAAAGAUUCAAGAAGGAAGCACAGCCGUGAGGAGGGCCAGGUUUCAGGGAAGUCAGCUCUGAGGCAGAAUGCUGAAGAAGCUGUGGAAAUUGAGAAGGAAGACACUGACUUAGCGAAUGCUGGAGUUGAUGAAUACCCAGUCACUUUUGAAGAUGAUUUUGAAGACUAUGAGGAUGAUUUUGAAGUUUGUGAUGGAGAUGAUGAUGAUAGUAACAGGUCUGAUUCAAAAGAAAAAACUGAAGAACUUCCUCUAGCUCGAAAAAGGGAAAUACAGGAAAUUCAAAAAGCCAUUAAUGCAGAAAAUGAAAGGAUUGAGGAGUUGUCUUCACAGCAGUUUCAGAAGCAGGUUUGGCUGGAGAAUGACAAGGAUCCCCGGGCAGAUCCAAACAGUUCCCAUUCCAGAGCCCCUGUUUGUGGAAUUUUUGUGGAUUUUGCAACAGCCUCACGCCGUCAAAAGAGUCGGACUCAGGCCCUUAAGCAAAAGUCAAGAAGUACAAAACUACUUCGGCUUAUUGACUUGGAUUUUUCAUUGACUUUCUCUCUCUUGGAUCUACCACCAGUUAAUGAAUAUGACAUGUAUAUCAGAAACUUUGGGAAGAAAAAUACCAAGCAGGCAUAUGUUCAGUAUAAUGAAGAUAAUGUUGAAAGAGACAUUCAAACUGAAGACAUAGAAACCAGGGAAGUGUGGACCCAACAUCCCGGAGAAGGAGCCAUUGUGUCUGGAGGUAGUGAAGAAAGAGAAACAUCUGAUGCUACAGUUGUACCAAAGAUUGAUACUCCAAGGUUAUCUAACUUUCUCCGGAAGGCCUGUCAGGUGAUUGCCAUUUUGCUUGAAGAGGAUCGUUUGGCUGCUGAACCCACCUGCAAGCUCAGGACUCAAGACAACACCUUGUCUAUCAGUGACAGUGCCUCCCAGUUGAAUACUGGCCUGCCAUUCCUUCAGAAUCGGAAAGUAUCCUGCUUGCAUGCCUCUCAAGUUCAGAGACAGACAGUGGUCUCUGUCCAUGAUUUACCUGGAAAGGGGUUUGCCCAGCCUCUAGACCACAGAUACAUCCUCUGUGUGUGGGACAUUUGGCAGCCUUCAGGGCCCCAGAAGGUUCUGAUAUGUGAGUCCAAGGUCACAUGUUGCUGCUUUAGCCCUUUUAAAGCAUUUCUGCUGUUUGCUGGAACUGUGCAUGGUUCUGUUGUUGUGUGGGAUUUGAGAGAAGAUUCUAGGAUACAUCCUUAUGUGAAGCUGAGCAAUUGUUCUUGGACGUUCAGGAUGCCCACAUUUUCCACUGAUGGAAUCCUGACAUCUGUAAACCACCAGAGUCCUCUUCAAGCUGUAGAACCUAUCUCCACAUCUGUCUGCAGGAAGCAGAGUUUUGUGCUUUCGCCCUUCUCUACAGAGGAAGGAACAUCGGGUUUGUCAUUCCACAUUGCUUCCUUGGAUGAGAGUGGGGUUCUCAAUGUGUGGGUGGUGGUUGAAUUGCCAAAGGCGGAUAUUGCAGGUUCCAUAAGUGAUUUAGGCCUCAUCCCUGGAGGGAGGAUUAAGUUGGUGCACAGUGCUGUGAUCCAGCUGGGUGGCAGACUUUCCCAUGAAGAUAGUGAAUUCUGGGGCACCACACAAACCCUGAGCAUCAAGUUUCUGCCUUCAGAUCCUAGUCACUUUAUUGUGGGCACAGACGUGGGUCUUAUAAAUCAUGGCACAAGACAGGAUUUGAAAGUCUCUCCCAAAUCGUUUAAACCUCAGCAGUGCGGGCUAAGAGCAGUGAAGGUUAAUGUGAUUGACUUUUCACCAUUUGGAGAACCAAUAUUCUUGGCUGGCUGCUCAGAUGGCAGCCUCCGGCUGCAUCAGAUGACCUCGGAAUGGCCGCUGGCACAGUGGGAUGGCAGCACUCGGGGGCACGCCAUCACCGGCCUGCAGUGGUCCCCAACACGGCCAGCCAUGUUCCUAGUGCAAGAUGCUGCAUCCACCGUGUAUAUUUGGGACCUCUUGCAGAGUGACCUGGGCCCUGUGGCUACACAGCCCAUCUCCCCAGACAGGUUGGUGGCCAUGACUGUCACAGGGGAGCCUGAGAGGCCUGGUGGCAGCUUUCUGGCCCUGGUACUGGCCAGGUCCUCGGGCACCGUGGAUGUUCAGUACCUGAAGAAGCAGUGGGCAGCCACCCAGGUGGAGGAGAUCCAGUGGCUGCGCCUGUUCCUGCAGGAGGCCCCCACGGAGCGAGGCCACGGAGGGUGUGGGCAUGUCACGAAGGCUAUGUGUGUGUAGCACCCAGAGUGAAUCCUACAUCUGCGUUCAUUGUUCUGUAUAUAGAAUAUGUAUGUCCUGUACAUAAUUUCCUUUACAGAAGAUUACUUCAGUGUUCCCAAUCAUUAUUUUUGAAUAGAAAUGAACAUUUUUAUACAUACUAAACUUUAGAGGAAAUUCUGAGUCAUGUCUGGUAUACUCUUUUCUGAGAGUAUUUCUGCCUAUUUUUAGAAGGGCUUUAAAAUAUUGUCACAUUUAUUAUUAGAUUUUCAAACA